CGGGUGUCGGGGCUGCCUCGCACAGCAGGAGCCUGGGCUGUCUCGCUGUGCUGACGGGGUCGUUCAGAUGGAGCUUUCAAAUAGAUCAACAACACCUACUGAAAAAGAGAGUUGGAGCAUGCGGUUGCCACCGAUCGUCUUUCCUACAGCAAUCACAGCUGAUGUUUCACCAACACACAACAAGCUACUGAAACACAGAAGAUUUAAGGAACAGCAAAAGAUGCUUCAUCAGAUAGUAAUGGAUCGAGCUUUAAAAGACUAUCAAGCAACCAUGGAAGAACUAUAUCAGAGAGUUCCUACACCUCCAGAACCAGAAUUGCCUUCCACUAUGAAUAGUGAACAAAAAAGGCGAAGAAUCAACUAUCUCUUUAUGAAGGAGUGUGUGGCCAGUAACCCAGUAGUUCCUAUUCAACAGCAGUGGCUUAUGUCCAUGCUCAGAUGGGUUCCUGAGUCCCUCAGAGAAGGCAAGGACAGAAAGUUACUGGUUGAAGAGCUUUUUGGUGAGGUAACAAGGGAUUUUGAAAUGAGCAUGAAGAGAUGUGUAGUGCAAAGUGUUCUUAUAAAACCUAAUGUAAAAGGACUCGAAGAUGAAAAGGAGGAACCUUUACCUGUAUCACCACUAGGCCUGGAUUUUUCUAGACCAUGGCAUGAGAGUUUUAUACAAGCAAAAAAUCAAAUAAUUUCAAACUUACACAUUCUUCACCCUACCCUGAAAAUUUUACUGGAUAUUGGUUACACAACGUUUUCCAAAAUACUUGUAGUGGAUUUGUCAAGUUUCAGGUUGAAAGGUCCAGUUGAAUGUGAAUCAUUGAAGAAUGAUGUAUCUUUAAGCUGCUCAAAAACAGAAGAGAAGUUACUGAGCACAUGGUAUCCAAGAGUUAUCAAUCUCUUCACCAGAAAGGAAGCACUAAAGGGUGUCAAGUCAGAUAAAGCUGACUCUUUUUAUAAUUGUGUGGCUACACUUAUGUCUAAUCAGCUGAAAGAGCUGUUGAGAAGAACUGUUGAAGCUUACGUGAAGCUCUUUGAUCCUGAAGACAAAAGAAGUCUACUGCUAUUUAAAAUGGAAUUGACUUUUGAUGAUGAGAAAAUGGAGUUUUAUCCAAGCUUUCAAGAUCUGGAAGACACCAUUCUGUUUACAGUGACUCGGAUAGGACAGACUCUUCAGCAUGUUCAAACCGUACAUUCUUGGCUAGCAGGAGGGGCCACAGCUACAACCCUGGACACUGAACUUGCUGAUCAUGUAAUAGCUUGGGCCUCAUCUACACUGAAAAAAGCAAUCCAGGACAACUUGGAAGGUCCAAAAGAAUAUUUUGAAAGUUAUGUUGAAAGGUAUGGCUGGCUUGUAGACGGAACUGCACAAGUGCAUAUAGAUACCUUUGAAGCAGAGAAGCACAGUUUUGAUGAAUAUACUAUUUUCAUAGACGAAUUCCUCAGUCUUGCUAAGGAAAUUAUGAGUUUACCCCAACUGGCUCAUUUUCCUAUGAUGCGCUUGGACUGUGAUGAUUUGAAGCAGGGUUUGGCUGAUAAAGCAAAAAGCUUUGCAAACAUGCUGCUGGAAAGGAUAGUUGCUAAUCACAGAGAGGAAAAUGAAAAGAUAUGCCAGGAAUUUGAAACAAUUAAAGAUCAUGCAUUAAAAGUUCCGGAGACAACAGAAGAAAUGAUGGAAACAGUAACUUAUGUAGAAAAAGCAAAAACCACAGGUAUUCAAGAGCUGAUUGUAAGGAUCAAGGAAAGCCAUCAGCGAAUGAAUUACCUUUUAGAUGUUUUUAUCUUUACUCCUCAAGAUCUGAUGCUGAAUGCAACAGUCCUUCUGUGGCCUCAGACGAUUAAUCCCAUUUUUGAUGAAAAUGAUGAUCUUAUUGAACAAUCUAAACGUAAAGGUGAAAGUGAACUACUGGCCAAACGUGAGAGGCUUAUGUUGGAAGUAGAAAAACAGACACGCAUUAUGGAAGAAUUUGCAGAAUAUGCUGAAUUGGAUCGCAUGCAACAGUAUGUGACUGACAUGAGGGCAUUACAGAAAUGCAUACAAGAAGCUGAUGAAGCAGUCGCUUUUAUUAAUAAGGAAGAGAGACUUUUCAAAUGGGAGCUGACUGAGUAUCCAGUCCUUGAGAACUUAAAAGUUAACAUUGAGCCAUAUCAGAAACUGUUUGGUCUUAUACUGAAAUGGCAGCGAACAGAAAAACGAUGGAUGGAUGGUGCUUUCUUAGAUCUAAAUGGAGAAAUCAUGGAAUCUGAGAUAGAUGAGAUUUUUCGGGAGCUUUACAAAAUGUCCAGGGUCUUUCAACAAAAACAGAAGAAAGCAGAGCAAGAAAAGAGGAAGACAACGCAGCGCAGAACCUUAGUAGAAGAGAAGAUAGAAGAAGAAAAAAAGGCAAAUCCAACUAUUACAAUGUGUUCUGCUGUACUGGAGCAGAUCAAAGACUUUAAGGAAUAUAUCCCUACAGUGACUAUCCUUUGUAACCCUGGCAUAAGGACUCGCCACUGGCAGCAGAUGUCAGGUAUAAUAGGAUAUGAUUUAACUCCAGACUCUGGAACUACCCUGAGAAAAGUUUUAAAGCAGAACCUUGGCCCUUACCUGGAACAAUUUGAAACCAUAAGUAUAGGUGCAAGUAAGGAAUUUUCCUUAGAGAAGGCAAUGCAUACUAUGAUGGAAAUCUGGGAUUCAGUUUCCUUCAAUACAAGUGUUUAUCGAGAGACUGGAGUUCGUAUUCUGUCUUCAGUAGAUGAAAUUCAGACUAUUCUAGAUGAUCAGAUUGUAAAAACGCAAACAAUGAGAGGAUCACCUUUCAUUAAACCAUUUGAAAAAGAAAUCAAGGAAUGGGAAGAUCGUCUGAUUCAAGUUCAGGAGAUUAUCGAUGAAUGGCUGAAAGUGCAAGCUCAGUGGCUUUACUUGGAACCCAUCUUUUCUUCAGAGGACAUCAUGCAACAGAUGCCAGAGGAGGGACGUCUCUUCCAGACCGUAGACAGAUAUUGGAGAGACAUUAUGAAAUAUUGUACCAAAGACCCUAAAGUUCUUUCUGCCACUUCAUUGACAGGUUUAUUAGAGAAGCUUCAGAACUGUAAUGAGCUUCUGGACAAAAUCAUGAAAGGACUUAAUGCUUAUCUUGAGAAAAAGCGUCUCUUCUUUCCUAGAUUUUUCUUCUUGUCCAAUGAUGAAAUGUUGGAGAUUUUGUCAGAAACUAAAGAUCCUCUUAGAGUUCAGCCUCACUUGAAAAAAUGUUUUGAGGGCAUUGCUAAGCUGCAUUUCCUUCCUAAUCUGGAUAUUAAGGCAAUGUUCAGCUCUGAAGGGGAGCGAGUUGAACUGAUUUCAACCAUUUCUACUUCUGAAGCUCGAGGUGCAGUGGAGAAGUGGCUGGUCCAAGUUGAAGAUAUUAUGCUAAAGAGUAUACAUGAUGUUAUAACUAAUGCAAGAGAGGCAUAUCCAGAGACUGAGAGGAAAAAAUGGGUUCUGGAGUGGCCUGGACAGGUAGUUCUGUGCGUAUCUCAAAUGUUUUGGACAAGCGAGAUACAUGAAGCCAUUUGCAGUGGGCCAGAGGGUUUACUUGAUUAUUAUGACACACUUCAACUUCAGCUUAAUGAUAUUGUGGAGUUGGUAAGAGGAAAAUUAUCUAAGCAAACACGAACUACACUAGGUGCUUUGGUGACUAUUGAUGUGCAUGCUAGAGAUGUCGUCAUGGAAAUGAUUAAAAGUGGUGUGGAAAACGAAGCAGAUUUUCAGUGGCUCGCUCAACUGCGAUAUUAUUGGGAAUAUGAGAAUGUUCGUGUUCGCAUCAUUAAUUGUAAUGUAAAAUAUGCCUAUGAAUACCUUGGAAACUCACCUCGACUUGUCAUUACUCCGCUUACGGAUCGGUGUUACCGCACAUUGAUUGGAGCUUUUUAUCUAAACCUUGGUGGUGCCCCAGAGGGCCCAGCAGGAACAGGCAAAACUGAGACCACCAAAGACUUGGCUAAGGCUCUUGCUGUGCAAUGUGUUGUCUUCAACUGUUCUGAUGGCCUUGAUUAUCUGGCAAUGGGGAAGUUUUUUAAGGGUUUGGCUUCUUCAGGUGCUUGGGCUUGUUUUGAUGAGUUCAAUCGCAUUGAGCUAGAAGUACUGUCUGUGGUGGCCCAGCAGAUCCUUUGCAUUCAGAGAGCCAUACAGCUGAAGGUGGAAACAUUUAAUUUUGAAGGGACUGAACUGAAGCUCAAUCCCAACUGUUUUGUAGCUAUUACCAUGAAUCCAGGUUAUGCAGGACGGUCUGAGCUGCCAGACAACCUCAAGGUUCUUUUCCGAACAGUAGCCAUGAUGGUUCCUAACUAUGCCCUGAUAGCAGAAAUCUCUCUCUACUCAUAUGGAUUUCUGAAUGCUAAGCCAUUAUCAGUGAAGAUAGUCAUGACCUACAGGCUUUGUUCAGAACAGCUUUCCUCUCAGUUUCAUUAUGACUAUGGCAUGCGAGCAGUUAAAGCUGUAUUAGUGGCUGCUGGUAAUCUAAAGCUGAAAUUCCCAAAGGAGAAUGAAGAUAUCCUGCUUCUUCGAUCAAUCAAAGAUGUAAAUGAGCCAAAAUUUUUGUCACACGAUAUACCUCUAUUCAUGGGAAUAACUAGUGAUUUAUUCCCUGGUGUUAAGCUGCCUGAAGCAGAUUACAAUGAUUUUCUGGAAUGUGCCAAUGAAUGCUGUAUAAAGCAUAAUGUUCAGCCUGUUAAAGUUUUUAUGGAGAAAAUUAUACAGACUUAUGAAAUGAUGAUUGUCAGACAUGGUUUUAUGCUUGUAGGAGAGUCUUUCUCUGGGAAGACCAAAGUUCUGCAUGUGUUGGCAGAUACACUCUCUCUUAUGAAUGAACAUGGAUAUGGCGAAGAAGAAAAAGUAAUUUUUAGAACUGUGAAUCCAAAAUCUAUCACUAUGGGUCAACUUUUUGGACAGUUUGAUCUAGUGUCUCAUGAGUGGACAGAUGGAAUUGUUGCUAACACUUUCCGGGAAUUUGCUUUAGCUGAGACACUUGAACGCAAGUGGGUUAUUUUUGAUGGCCCUAUUGAUACUCUAUGGAUAGAGAGUAUGAACACAGUGCUGGAUGACAAUAAAAAGCUUUGUUUGAUGAGUGGGGAAAUCAUCCAGAUGUCUCCUCAGAUGAGUCUCAUCUUUGAAACAAUGGACCUGUCUCAGGCUUCACCAGCUACAGUCAGUCGUUGUGGUAUGAUUUAUUUGGAGCCUUCACAGCUAGGCUGGAUGCCACUGGUAACUUCUUGGUUGAGCAAACUACCAGAACCCCUGAAUGAAAAGGAAUAUCAAGAUCUUUUGCUUGGACUUUUUAACUGGUUAGUUCCAGCAGCCUUAAGAGUUCAUCAAAAACAGUGCAAGGACCUGGUUCCCACAAGCAACAGCAACACUGUAGUGUCUUUAACUCGACUUUUUGAAAUGUUGCUAUGUAAAACUGUCCAAGAGGAUCCUACAAACAAAAACAUCCGCUCAUGGAUUAUGGCUUGCUUUGCUUUCUCUUUGAUUUGGUCCAUUGGUGGAAGUUGUGACAGUGAUAGUCGAGUUAUUUUUGAUGCUUUCCUGAGGGAAAUUGUAGCAGGGAAGUCUGAGUCCAGUCCAGUACCACCAGUUGUGGGUAAAUGGGACUGUCCCUUUGAUGAUAAAGGUUUGGUCUAUGACUACAUGUAUGAGUUGAAAGGUAGAGGACGGUGGGUACAUUGGAAUGAAGCCAUUAAAAGCAUUAAAUAUGGUGAUAAAAAAAGUGUUAAGAUUCAAGACAUCAUUGUUCCAACAAUAGACACAGUCAGAUAUACCUAUUUGAUGGACUUAUGCAUCACCUAUGGAAAACCAUUGCUUUUAGUAGGACCAACAGGUACUGGGAAAUCUGUCUAUGUAAAGGACAAGCUAAUGAACAAUUUGGAAAAGGAGUGCUACUUUCCAUUCUUCAUUAAUUUUUCAGCACGGACCAGUGCCAAUCAAACCCAGAAUAUUAUAAUGGCCAGGCUAGACAAAAGACGUAAAGGAGUAUUUGGCCCUCCGAUGGGAAAGAAGUGUGUCAUCUUUGUGGAUGAUAUGAAUAUGCCUGCUUUGGAGAAAUAUGGAGCUCAGCCUCCUAUUGAACUUUUAAGACAGUUUUUUGAUCAUGGAAUUUGGUAUGAUUUAAAGGAUACAUCUAAAAUUACACUGGUUGAUGUGCAGCUGAUAGCUGCUAUGGGACCUCCAGGUGGUGGAAGGAAUCCUGUUACAUCUCGGUUUCUGCGACAUUUCAACAUUUGCACCAUUAAUUCCUUUAGUGAUGAAACUAUGGUCCGUAUCUUCUCUACCAUAGUAGCCUUCUACCUCCGAAAUAAUGAAUUCGCCCCUGAAUUCUUCACAACUGGAAACCAAAUUGUCAGUGGUACUUUAGAGGUAUAUAAGAAAGCCAUGAAAAACCUGCUGCCCACACCAGCCAAAUCCCAUUAUACAUUCAACCUGCGUGACUUUUCACGUGUUAUCCAAGGCUGCUUGCUCAUUAAGAAAGAAUCAGUUGAAAAAAAGCAAACAAUGAUUCGUCUCUUUGUUCAUGAAGUAUUUCGAGUAUUUUAUGACCGCCUUGUAGAUGAUGCUGAUAGUGCCUGGUUGUUCAGGUUGGUGAAAGAUAUAGUGAAAGAGCAUUUCAAAGAAGGAUUUGACCAAGUUUUUGCACAUCUUAAACAAGGGAGUGCAGCUGUGACUGAGGAAGAUACUAGGAGUUUAGUAUUUGGUGACUAUAUGACCCCUGACCUUGAAGGAGAUGAAAGACUUUAUAUUGAAAUUCCAAGUGUUCAACAGUUCAGUGAUGUUGUGGAGCAGUGUUUAGAUGAAUAUAAUCAAACCCACAAGACAAGGAUGAACCUUGUAAUUUUCAGGUAUGUGUUGGAACAUUUGUCUCGUAUAAGCCGUAUUUUGAAGCAGUCAGGUGGAAAUGCCUUACUUGUUGGAAUGGGAGGAAGUGGACGUCAGUCCUUGACUCGUCUGGCUACGUUCAUAGCAAAAAUGUGUGUUUUUCAGCCAGAGAUCUCUAAGAGUUAUGGUAUGAAUGAGUGGAGGGAUGAUCUGAAGAACCUGUUGAAGAAUGCAGGCGUGAAGGGCUUGAAAACUGUUUUUAUAAUCACAGACACGCAGAUUAAAGAAGAAGCUUUUUUGGAAGAUAUUGACAGUGUGCUCAAUACUGGGGAAGUACCCAACCUUUUUGCACCAGAUGAAAAACAAGAGAUUAUGGAGGGUGUUCGUGUAGUAGCUCAAGCUGGCAGUAAACAUGAAGAACUCAGUCCUUUGUCCUUGUUUGCUUUCUUUGUGAACCGCUGCAAAGAAAAUCUCCAUGUAGUAGUUGCAUUCAGCCCAAUUGGAGAUGCCUUCCGCAAUCGUUUAAGACAGUUCCCAUCCCUCAUCAACUGUUGUACUAUUGACUGGUUCCAGCCCUGGCCUGAAGAAGCCCUUGAACCCCUUGAACGUGUGGCUAAUAAGUUCUUAGAAACACUUCAGCUCACAGACAAUGAACGUCAAGAAGUUGUACCCAUCUGUAAACACUUCCAUACUUCUGUUUUGUCACUCUCUUCAAAAUUCUUGCAAGACUUAGGACGACAUAAUUAUGUUACUCCUACAUCUUACCUUGAACUUAUUGCUGCCUUCCGACAACUUCUGACUCAGAAACGUGACACUGUGAUGAAAGCAAAAAAAGGAUAUAUAAAUGGACUAGAUAAACUAGCUUUUGCUGAAUCGCAGGUUGGAGAAAUGAAGCAAGAAUUGGUUGAUUUGAAGCCUAAACUGGAGCAAGCUAAACUGGAUAAUGCAAAUAUGAUGAAGAUUAUAGAGAAGGAGUCUGCAGAAGUGGAAGCAAAAAGGAAAACUGUGAAAAUAGAUGAAGAGAUUGCAACAGAGAAAGCAGCAGAAGCCCAGGAAUUGAAAAAUGAAUGUGAGAGUGACCUGGCAGAAGCAAUUCCAGCCCUUGAAGCAGCACUUGCUGCACUUGACACUCUGAAGCCUUCUGACAUAACAAUUGUGAAAUCAAUGAAAAAUCCCCCAUCUGGUGUCAAACUAGUGAUGGCUGCUGUCUGUGUCAUGAAAGACAUAAAACCUGAAAAAAUUGCAGAUCCUACAGGGACCGGAGGCAAGGUCUUUGAUUACUGGGGGCCUAGCAAGAAACUUCUGGGUGACAUGAAUUUCUUGAAGGAUCUGAAAGAAUAUGACAAAGAUAAUAUUCCAGUGGCGAUCAUGCAGAAGAUUCGUUCUGAAUAUUUGACUAAUCCUGAGUUUGAUCCCCCUAAGGUGGCUAAAGCAUCUUCAGCAGCUGAGGGUUUGUGUAAAUGGAUUAUGGCAAUGGAAGUCUAUGAUAGAGUUGCAAAGGUUGUUGCUCCUAAGAAAGCCCGUUUAGGAGAAGCGCAGCAGUCUUUAGCAGAGACUUUGGCACUAUUAAAUCAGAAGAGAGAUGAGCUUACGUCAGUGGAAAAUCGUUUGGCAGCUUUGCAACAAACCUUUGAGGAAAAAACUGAAGAAAAGGCUCGUCUAGAAUUCCAGGUGGAUCUGUGCGCUAAGAAACUAGAAAGAGCAGAAAAGUUGAUUGGAGGCCUUGGUGGAGAAAAAUCAAGAUGGUGUAAUGCUGCAAAAGAUCUUCAAAAUACUUAUGAUAAUUUGACAGGAGAUGUUCUGGUAUCAGCUGGAGUAAUAGCUUAUCUGGGUGCUUUCACUGCUGGUUUCCGACAAGAGUGUACUAAAGAUUGGAGCAAGUUGUGCAAGGAGAAAAACAUCCCUUGUUCUGAGAAUUUCUCUUUGAGUAAAAUCCUUGGUGACCCAAUAAAAAUCCGAGCCUGGAAUAUUGCUGGAUUGCCAACAGACAUGUUUUCUAUAGAUAAUGGUGUGAUUGUUGACAACUCCAGGCGCUGGCCAUUAAUGAUUGAUCCACAGAGUCAAGCAAAUAAAUGGAUAAAGAACUUUGAGAGAGAAAACCAGCUGAGUGUUGUUAAGCUCACAGAUACAGACUACAUGAGAACUUUGGAGAACUGCAUUCAGUUUGGAACUCCUCUUCUGCUAGAAAAUGUUGGAGAAGAACUAGAUCCAUCACUCGAACCCCUGCUGCUUAGACAAACUUUUAAACAAGGGGGAAUGGAUUGCAUCAGGCUUGGUGAGACAAUUAUGGAGUAUUCCAGUGAUUUCAGAUUCUUUAUUACUACAAAACUAAGAAAUCCACAUUAUUUGCCUGAACUAGCUACAAAAGUUUCUCUACUCAACUUUAUGAUAACUCCAGAGGGACUUGAAGACCAGUUGCUUGGUAUUGUUGUUGCAAAGGAAAGACCAGAAUUAGAAGAGGAAAGGAAUGCUCUCAUCCUUCAGUCUGCAGCCAAUAAUAAACAGCUAAAAGAAACUGAGAAAAAAAUUUUAGAGACUUUACAAGUAUCAGAAGGGAAUAUACUAGAAGAUGAGACUGCAAUUAUGGUCUUAGACUCUGCUAAAAUAAUGUCUAAUGAAAUCACUAAGAAGCAACAAGUUGCAGAGAAAACAGAAAUUAAAUUAGCAGAAUCUCGAGAAGGCUAUAGACCCAUUGCAAAGCAUUCAUCAGUGCUCUUCUUCAGUAUUGCAGACCUGGCUAACAUUGAUCCCAUGUACCAGUACUCUCUCAGUUGGUUUGUUAACCUCUUUAUCAACUCAAUUCAUGACAGUAACAAAUCAAAAAUUUUGGAGAAGCGCCUUCGUUACCUGAAUGAUCACUUCACAUACAACUUGUAUUGUAAUGUGUGUCGCUCUUUGUUUGAGAAGGACAAGCUGCUGUUUUCCUUUUUACUGUGCUGUAACCUUCUCAUGGCUAAGAAAGAAAUAGAACUUCAAGAAUUUAUGUUCUUAUUAACUGGAGGAGUGGGUCUCAAGAACAAAUACAAGAACCCAGAUCCAUCAUGGCUACCAGAUAAGAGCUGGGAUGAACUGUGUCGUGCAAGUGAAAUUCCAGCUUUUAGAGGACUGAGGAAUCAUGUUACUGAAAACAUAAGUGAAUGGCGAAAAAUCUAUGAUGACAAAGAUCCACAAAACCUUCCUUUACCAAAACCAAUGAACACGAUGUUGAAUGAGCUACAAAAGAUGAUCAUUAUUCGGUGCCUCAGACCAGACAAGAUUAGUCUGGCCAUAACAGUCUUUGUAACGGAUAAACUGGGGAAGAAGUUUGUAGAGCCACCACCGUUUGAUCUAACAAAAAGUUACUUGGAUUCAAACUCAACAAUCCCGCUAAUAUUUGUGCUAUCUCCAGGAGCAGAUCCUAUGUCCAGUCUUCUGAAAUUUGCAAAUGAUAAAAGCAUGGUUGGAAAUAAGUUUCAAGCCAUCUCACUGGGACAAGGACAAGGACCUAUUGCUGCAAAAAUGAUUAAAGAAGGAAUGGAAGAAGGGACCUGGGUUUGCUUGCAGAAUUGUCAUCUGGCUGUUUCCUGGAUGCCAAUGCUAGAGAAAAUCUGUGAAGAAUUUAACAGUGAAACCUGUCAUCCUUUUUUCAGACUUUGGCUCACCAGUUACCCAUCUCCUAAGUUUCCAGCUACCAUUCUGCAAAAUGGAGUAAAGAUGACAAAUGAGCCUCCUACUGGCCUCCGGUUAAACCUACUACAGUCGUAUCUUUCUGAUCCUAUUUCUGAUCCCAGUUUCUUCUCUGGCUGCCCUGAAAAGGAGUUGAUAUGGGAAAAAUUGCUAUUCGGGGUUUGCUUUUUUCAUGCUCUGGUUCAGGAAAGAAGGAAAUUUGGGCCUCUCGGUUGGAAUAUCCCCUAUGGAUUUAAUGAAUCAGAUUUGCGAAUCAGUAUCAGACAGCUGCAGUUAUUCAUAAAUGAGUAUAACCAGGUGCCAUUUGAAGCUAUAUCUUAUCUAACGGGUGAAUGUAACUAUGGAGGUCGAGUGACAGACGAUUGGGACAGACGUUUACUACUGACUAUGCUAGAUGAUUUUUAUAAUCCAGAUAUAAUUGAAAAUCCACACUACAGAUUUUCUCCCAGUGGCAACUACCACGCGCCACCAAAAGGAACCUAUGAGGACUAUCUUGAAUUUAUUAAGAAUCUUCCAUUUAAUCAACAGCCAGAGGUGUUUGGAUUGCAUGAAAAUGUGGAUAUUUCGAAGGACCUCCAGCAAACAAAACUCCUCUCUGAGUCUCUGAUAUUAACACAAGGAGGAAGCACACAGGGAGGCUCUGCUGGCAGCAGCGACAGUACUUUGUACGAAAUAGCUGACGAUGUUCUCAGCAAGCUUCCAAAUGAUUUUGACAUUGAGGCUUCACUACUAAAGUAUCCUGUGAGAUAUGAAGAAAGUAUGAACACUGUGUUGGUGCAAGAAAUGGAGAGAUUUAACAAUUUAAUCCGGACUAUACGUAUUACUUUAAUAAAUCUGAAAAAGGCUAUUAAAGGUUUGGUGGUUAUGGAUUCAGAGCUGGAGGCCCUGUGUGGUAGUCUGCUUAUUGGAAAAGUUCCAGAAAACUGGGCUCAGCGUUCAUACCCAAGUCUUAAACCGUUGGGGAGUUAUAUCCUGGAUUUUCUAGCUAGGCUGAAAUUCUUACAGGAUUGGUAUGAAUUAGGGAAGCCCACUGUUUUUUGGCUGUCAGGAUUCUAUUUUACUCAAGCCUUUUUAACUGGAGCAAUGCAGAACUAUGCCAGGAAGUACACCAUCCCCAUUGAUCUCCUGGGAUAUGAAUUUCAGGUUAUUCCUACAGAUGCAUCUAAUACUGCACCAGAAGAUGGUGUUUAUAUCCAUGGAUUAUUCUUAGAUGGAGCUCGCUGGGACAGGGCCAAAGGAAUACUAGCUGAGCAGUAUCCCAAAUUCCUCUUUGACAUGAUGCCAAUCAUUUGGAUAAAACCAAAUAAAAAAUCAGACAUCAAGAAAUCUAAUGCCUACAUUUGUCCACUGUACAAGACAAGUGAGCGUAAAGGAACCUUAUCAACUACUGGACAUUCCACUAACUUUGUCAUUGCGCUGUUGCUAGACACUGAUCGACCAGUCCAGCACUGGAUCAAGCGAGGUGUUGCACUGCUCUGCCAGCUGGAUGACUAACUUUGAGGAAAUCAGAUUCAAACGUCACCAUAUGUGUCUUUCUCUUCCUCCAGGGUACUGGAAAUACAGCAUGCUGUGUCAAAGGGACAGCUUUAUAUUUUGGCGCUCCAGUAAAUUUUUUCUGAAUCCUUAAUAUUUUUGAUUAGAUGAAUAUGUGAUGUUACUGACUACUAUCUUUGAAAUGUAUGUUGAUCUGGCAUAUUCAUUUGAUACAUUUUCAGCAUAGGAUCCUGUGUAAAUGUACAGGUGUUUUUUUGUUCCUUCUUUUAAGAUUGCAUAAUUAUCUUGAGGAAAAAGUGAAAACUGAUCUCCUCUAUGGGAAGCUU